AUGCGCCUCUCCCUGCGGCGCUCGAGCACGGCACUGGCUGCCUUGGUACUUUUCUGCAUCGUUGGUGCAUAUCUGCGCGCCAACUGGCCUGCUGUGCUAGAGGCAGGCGGGGCCGUGACCAAGUUUCGGCACGAUGCAACAGCAGUGCCUUGCCGCGACGUCCACGUCGUUUCUUGCAGCGAGCAGCCGCUGCAUGUCGGCAUGAUUGCCUUGGGGGAUCAAGCGCCCAGCGAGCUCUACCGCGUGCUCAAGGACGUUGUUGCGCGCCGCUCGUGUCCCCUCGUGCUGCACGUGGUGUGUGACCCCACCACGUGUGAGGCCGUCGCGGCCCUCAAGCAAACUUGGCCCCUUGCUGGCGUUGAAUGGCACGCACAUCCAGCAGAUGCUGGGCAAGCACGUGUGGCGUGGAUCCCUACUCUGCACAAGGCUGGGUGGGUGGCCCACCUUAAGCUUGUCUAUCCGCAACUCUUACCACAAGUAGCGCAGCUGGUGGUGAUCGACCUUGAUCUCCUUGUGCAGGCCGAUCUCUGUCAGUUGGCUGGUAUCCUUGCAGAUCACCCCAAAGCGCUUUUUGCUGCUGUGCCCCAGCAGAGUGAUUGGUAUUUGGGUACGCUGCCUGACACACGUGAAAAUGUUGUCUGGCCUGCUAUCGAACGUGGGCUCAACACGGGCGUGAUGGUCUUGCAUUUGGAACGGAUGCGGGCCUGGGGCUGGGAUCAACGCUGGCAAAGCCUUGUGCGUCGCGAGCUGUUGGUCCGCCACCACACCGGCUUGGCCGAUCAAGACGUAUACAAUCUCGUGGCACUGGAGCAUCCCGAAACCUGGACAAUGCUCUCCUGCGCAUGGAACGUACAGCUUCACGAUCAUAGCGUGACUCAGCACUGCGAUCAACCCAGCCAUCUACUCGCCAAUGCGCGCGUUCUCCAUUGGAAUUCGCCCAAGAAAUACGAUGCAGCUUUUGCAGAGGCGACGUACGUGCGAUCCUUGCUGGCUGCGGCGGAGGCCCACAGCGGCUUGGCCGCCUCAGCCCAGUUUACGCUGCGUUGUCCAGGCUAUGACGCGGGGGGCAGCUCUUUGAGUUUGGCCUGGGCCGCAGUCGAUACGAGCUGGGCUGGCGAGGAUCCGGCCGCUCGAGCUGAUAUUGUCGAAGGGGGUCAUCUGGAUGAGAAUAACCCCGCAGCGACCCGGGCGCCAGGCUCACGGAUUACGCUAGUCACGCAUCUGACUCCUGAUCGCUUGGCGGCGCUCCAGCAGACCCUGCAUCAAUGGGAUGGACCUGUACAUGCCGCCGUGUAUCUGGCUGAUGCUGAUUUGUGGCGCCUGCGGCAAUUUCUCGAACAAGUCGCAACGCUCGAAGCCAUCAACCUGACACUCCACGUGGCCUUUGAAGACGGCGGGCGGCGCUAUCCUGUGAAUCAUCUGCGCAACCUCUUGCUCGACCACGUCACCACCUCGCAUGUGUUUAUGGCAGACGUGGACCUGUGCCCGCUAGCCGGCAGCCGAGCACAUUUGGAGCAGGCCUUGUCAGCAAGCGCAACAGGGUCGGCACAACGUGUGGCGCUGGUGGUACCGGCCUUUGAGUACGUGGGCUACCGUGCUCCGACCUUUUUGAGCCUGACCACGGUGCAAGACUUGGACCUAGCUGACAUUCGACCCUUUCGGGUGGACGUGUGGCCCCGUGGGCAUGGGCCGACCAACUACACGCGUCUGCAAAGCGCCAGUGAUUACUAUCAAGUUAGCUGGGCGCCUGGCUACGAACCAUAUGUUGUGCUUCGCACAGCCACAGCGCCUCGCUAUCCAGAAGCGCUCGCUGGGUUUGGCUGGAACAAGGUGGUGUAUGCUUCGGCGUUGCACCGGCAGGGAUUUGACUUUAUAGUGGCGGCAACAACGGCUCUUGUACACCUGCCGCACGGUCCAUCCCGUGAUCUAGCCAGCUUUCGCUCCGACCAGACUUUGCACGACUGUACAUGGGCCAUUGCAGAGACCCUCGAUCCAUCCGUGGCGGCCCUUCGGGCCGAGCUGACUCAGAAUGAACCCGCAGAUCAAGCGCCUGCACCGCCACGCGCGGAUGGCCCCAAUAAUGCUCGGGCUGCUCAAAUCGAGCGUCUAGCUCGCAAGCGCGCCCAACGUCGCCUUGGCGCACGUAUGUAA